GGAAAACACGCGCUCACAAACACACCGCCCAAUCGUGGCGCGUAAAUGUGGGGGAUGUGGCUUCAUUCACAUGCAAGACCGACGAUAUUGAUCGUGAAGUGUCCGAUGACAAGCGUAUAGUCCGGCACCGGAGGGCUGCGGAUCAGAGAUGACAUACAGCUGAUACCUCGGGACACGCGCUUUAUCAUCUCAGGUUCUGCCCAGACAUAAAGAUGGCGAGGCCCGACUCCGUAACGGUCACGAACACCCAGUAGCGUGCAGAAGCCACCCCAUACCUCUGUCGACUCAUUCCAACUCGUCGUCAAACAUGUCUUCCACCGCUAAAACGCUCACCUACUCGCACGUCGACGGCAUCGACGUCAAGCUUGACCUGUACGCCCCAGACGCGACUGGCUCCGCGCCCGUAUUCAUAUGGUUUCACGGCGGUGGUCUCUUCUGCGGCUCGCGUGACGACGACCUAUUCCCGGCAUCGCUUCUUGGAAGUAUGGGACCUGAACGUAUCGCCCCACUAGACGCGGCACAUAAGCGCAACUGGAUCUUCAUCUCUGCCGACUACCGUCUCCUCGUUCCCUCCACGGGUCACGACGAGCUCGCCGACAUACGCGCUCUCUCCUCCUUCCUCAACUCCGAUGCCUUCCGCGCCGCGCUCCCCUCCGGCCUCGUCCCCUCUGGCGUGACCUUCGUCUCCGGUGGCUCCGCAGGCGGGUACAUGGCACUCCAAUACGCCCUCCACGCAUCCCCGAAGCCUAAGGCCGUCCUCAACCUCUUCGGCAUGACCGACCUUCUCAGCGACCACUACGUCCGCCCGCACCCCGAAGGCCUCCGCUUCUUCGGCGGCUUCCACCCCUCCUUCCCCAAAUUAGACCAACUCCUGCGUUCCCCCGUGUCCGCGUACUCGCCCGUGCGCGUCCCCUCGUUCGAUACUCCAGAUGGCCGGAACGUCCUCAUGCUGCACGCGCUCCAGGAUGGGAUCGUCCCGGACUACCUCAUGACCCGCCCGGGACUGAGCGCGAAGCUCGGCGCGCUAUCCACGCCCGAAGAGCGUGCCGCGGCCCUCGACGAGGGUGACCGGCCCCUCUUCCCGUUCCUGCGCGCGGCCGAGCUCCCACCGGUCGUCUCGGUGCACGGCGUGGCGGACACGGCGGUGCCGUUCGCCGACAGCGAACACCUGAAGCAGCUCCUCGACGCGGCCGGGAUCAAGAACGAGUUGUUCCCGAUCGCGACUGGGGAGCACGGCCUUCUGGAUAAGGACAACCUGGGCGCGCUGGCCCCUGGGGCGGAAGAGGCGCAAGCGAGGGCGCUGGAAUUCCUUGCGAGCACUCUGUAGGACUGGAUAGAAGGAGAUUGUAUAAACCGGAAGGAACCUAGUAAAUAUAUCGGUAUAUAAGUAUCAUAUUAUGCCAAUGCAGGAAUCAGCGAUGCACGUUAG